UUUUGGCAAUGUUCAACUAAAAUUUUUGGAGAAUUUUCUUGUUAGACAUUAACUUUCUAACGUUUUCAAUAAAAUGUUGAACACAUUGGUUGAUAAAUAAAUUUCUAACAAAUUUAUUAUAACGCAUUUAGAUUCUAGAAGAAUAUUAUAAGGCAAAUUAAUUUUUUCAGAGAGAGGUGAAUCUGUUGAGAACAUCUUGAAUAAUAAAAACUUAUUGAGAAUUUUUGUCUGUGUAUUCUAAAUGUCAAUAUUUAUAGGAUGAAUAUUAAAUGUUCAAGAAUAUGAAAAAAUACUUGUUAUAUGCAGAACGUGGUGUAAAAAAAUUGAUACAAUCAUACAAAUAAGUUUUUGUAGCACGCAAGAUAUUCACCGUGAGAAGUAUGUCACUGUUGUUAGUGUCCUUUGUUGUUGUUGUGGUGUUGUUUCCAUUCCCAACAGCUCUGUGCUGGGGAAAGGACGGGCACUAUGCAGUUUGCAAGAUUGCACAGGAUUAUCUGAACCAAGAUGCUGUAUCUGCACUGAAAGAGCUUCUUCCCGAUUCCGCCCAAGGCCAUCUGGCGGCGGUUUGCUCUUGGGCCGAUGACGUUGGAUAUACCCACAACUAUCGGUGGAGCCAACCUUUGCAUUACGUUGACACCCCUGAUUUCAUCUGUAACUAUCGUUACUGCAGAGACUGUCAUGAUUCCUAUGCCCAUAAACAUGUCUGUGUCACUGCAGCUAUUUACAACUAUACAAUGCAACUCAAAUCGCAACUCAACUAUAAUUUGACAGAGGCACUUAUGUUCUUGUCACAUUUUGUUGGCGAUGUUCAUCAGCCCCUGCAUGUUGGUUUUCUUGGAGACCUAGGUGGAAACACCAUAACAGUUCGAUGGUAUCGGAGGAAAACAAAUCUUCAUCAUGUUUGGGAUGACAUGAUAAUUGAAUCUGCUCUGAAGACCUUCUACGGUUCAGAUCUUUCAACUAUGAUACAAGCUAUUCAAAGCAAUAUUACAGACAUUUGGUUAAAUGAUGUACGUGUUUGGGAAAGUUGUGCACACAACUAUACAGCUUGUCCAAAUUGGUAUGCUUCUGAAAGCAUUAGCUUAGCGUGCAAGUUUGCCUACAGGAACGCCACACCAGGAAGCACCUUGGAAGAUGAGUACUUCCUUUCAAGACUUCCUAUUGUGGAGAAAAGGCUGGCACAAGCUGGUGUGCGACUUGCAGCAAUCCUCAAUCGGAUUUUUACUUCAAAGACCAGAAUUGCUCAAUCAUAGCAUCAAAACAAAACAAAUCCAGAAGCCAGUUCCUUCCAUAGCAGAUAGAUAGAUAGAUAGAUAUCGCUGUGAAAUGUGAAAUCCUUUGGGCAAGUGUACUAAAGUUUAGACUUGCUAAUUCUUACAAUAUAGAGUAACACAAGUAGUAUCUGUUUUGGUUGGUGUAUUUGGCUCCUGAUUGAGGAUUGCAUAGGACAAGUUGGUUGAUUCAAUGAAGCUACCUCAUAAGGACCAUUCAGUUACAUUCAAAGACUAACAUGUUAAUGUUCUGUAUCUUAUCUUCAUUUGUGCCAUUUCUUAAGGUUCUUGUACUGAUCACCUUGACACCCUAGAAACUAUUUACGUCACGUUUAUGCAACCUUUUUCUAAACUUCUAAGCACGUGUGUUUAAAGAAAAAGCACAUUUGAGAAUAUAAUUAAUGACCCAAGAAACUUCCUGCACAGCACACAACAUAUCUCUAUGAUAAAAUUGUCACAUCUUGGGUUACAUAUUCAUUGUCCAGCAACUAUUGCCAGCGGAUAUGACAUACAUAAAUUUGUGUUUAAAAAAGACCGUUCACAUCAUGAACUAAUAAAUUUCUUUCACAUGUUGGCUCAACAAAUUAUUUAUUACUCUAGCUUUUGCCAAUUGACCAACACUUAAUUGAUUAAUUGUUUUAUAGUAUUGUCCUAUCCAUAAUCAUUCACAUCACAUGGCCAAUUUUCAUCUUCAAUGUCAUGAAAUAUAUAUGAUAUAGUUGGUUACUCUUAUCAGUUAUCACUAUUUCAUAGCAUAGAGUCAUACAUAAUUGAUAAUUGCUUCCUUAUUUUGCUGCUUGUUGUAUACGAAAGGCUAACCCAAGUUUGUAUGUAUCAAACACGACACACCCAUCUUUCCAUAAUUUUGCUCCAUAGAACAUAAUUGCUCAUGCUUGAAGCUUGUGUUUUUUGAUGUGUAGGAAUCACACUAACACGUUGCUUGUAGAGACUUCAUG